GUAAGCACUGUCGUAAUGCACCGCUAACAGGAAACCAACAAAACCAUUCGUCAAUAUUCAUGUAUGAGAUUCCGUACAGACACCAUCAAACAUACAAUAUUUCAAAAUAUUUUGUCUUUGUUUUGUAUGCUACUGCGGUGGUAACCUCUCUAGGUUUGGCCUGAAGCCUUGGCCUGAAUCUUAUUUUGAGUUUUAGCAGUUUUUCAGUGGAUUUAAAGGUAUUAAAUAUGGCCAGUUAAACACUUUUUUCUUGGCGAGGAACGAGCCAGUGGAAAGUGCACGUACAAAUCUCUGCUCAGUGCUCUCAUACUACCUGUGCCCUAAGAAGACACAGACAGUCCAUUGAACCAGCUGAAAGUGAGCAGCCAUGGCAGCGGUACCGGCCAACUGGCGUGAGGACGAGGUGGUGGUGGGCGCCCUGUUCAGUCCGUUCCGCUCGCGGGAGGUGAACCCGCAGGGGUACGACACCAAGAUGGCGUUCUGGCGCCAGGAGCUAGCUGACGUGUGCCGUAAACAGCGUCGGCUGCAGCUCAGCAGGCGCCGACUGGAGGCUGAACAUAUUGUCGGCUGCCACAGGCCCAGCUGCCUGCGAGAGGUGUUCACUAACCUCAGGCGCACGGGUGAGGCGGUGGCGGUGUCCGAGCUCCGGCACCAGUGUGCGGCCUCCACCGGCUGGGUGGCCUGGGGCACAGAGAUGCUCGUCUGGCGGCCGUGCCGCUACUGCUGGGGACUGGCGAGGCGCACCAUCUGGCCUGAGCCGGACGAGGAGAACGUCGUGCUCAUGGCCGCGCUCAAGGAGGCCUCUGACGAGCUGUACUCGCGACACCUGGCGCACCUGGCCGCUGAGCAGCCGGCGGCCGGCGCGCUGAUCCUCACGGACCGUCUGCACGCGCUGCACCGUGACCUGCUGGCCAGCCGGUCGGACCUGGAGCUGGCCCUGCUGCAGAUGCAGCGCCAGGGUCGCGUCACCGUCACUGAGGUGGACGGACGGCCGGCGGUCAAAUUCCGACUGGAAGGGGAGCCCGACCGCAAACCGACUGUCACUGAACUCGAGAAAGGCGUUCUGCGUCUGACGCUGGUGGAGAGCACACUGCGGGAGCGUGUGGAACAGCUGGAGACCAGUCAGGAGGAGCUGCGAGCCAAGGCCAAGGCGCUGCUCAAAACUGGACAGCGGGAGGCGGCUAAGAAGCAGCUCCGACAGUGGAAGAAGACCCAGGCGCUGCUGGAUAAAAGACAGACUACUCUCGAUAACGUCCAGGGAAUGCUACACGCCAUCGAAGAAUCAAAACAUAACCGAAAGGUGAUGGAGGCGCUCUCACGGGGCACGGCCGCCAUCAAGGGGGCCUUCGGUGACGUCACGAUCGACAAGGUGGACCAGGUGGUGGCUGACUGCCAGGAGAUGCUCGAGGACCAGGAGGACAUGGACGCUCUGCUGGCACGCCCGAUCUCUCCCGGGGACGCUGCUGAGGCUGCUGAGCUCGAGGAGGAGCUCUGUGAGCUGAUGGGAGGCACAGCGGCCGCCGCCACGCCCCAGAAGCAGCCGCCGACGCCGCGACAGCGCGGCAGACAGGAGCUGCCGGCCACGCCGCCGCGCGCCGAGCCGAAAGACCUGCCCAGCCCGCCUACCGUAUCUCCUGGCAAGAUGUCCGAGGGAAGCAAGACGCCACGCGUCCGCCUGAUCGCGCCCACCCUGGAAGUUUGAGGACCGCCGGGCGACGCAACUACGCAUAGAUGAAGGACCGCAGUGACUGAGGACGGGGGUUGCGCAACUGCUCACGGUUUGAAGACCGCAGUGGGAUGCGCAACUGCACAAGGUUUGAGGACCGCAGUCUGUGACUGCAGUCUAUCUGUAACUAGGUUUACUGCCAGUAGGACGUCGUCGGCACGCGUCAGAUCAAGAAAGCACUGACUCGGCGACUCAGCUGAGUCCAGUCUGACUCUGGGUGGGAUAUGGGGAGUCUUGAGAUAUUGUGGAGUCUCGGUGGGACUGUGAUACCAAGACACUGCUGAGUAUCUUGUGAGUCAAUGCCUACGUGAUUAUGGGAUAUGCAAUCCCGUUGUAUUUAAAAGGGAACGUGUAUGCCCGGCAUCGUACAGUCGGAUAGGGGCGAGAUUUUGUUUUAUCUUGAGUGUUUCAUGCCAUGGCCAGCCUGGCGAGUGCCUCCCAUAUAUAUGUGUUAAUCCCCCAACUUUCUUUCCAAUGUUGAUUUGUACCUCCAUGUGAAGUCAACGUUUAAUGGUCAUUUGCCAAGCAAUCGCCAGUUUGCUGCCCGGUUUUGCCCCCCCCCCUCGCCCCCCCCAGUAAUUAGUAGGACACGUCGCCUUGAUGCACCGAGUACUGACCAACGCACUUUUUCUGUUGACCUCAUGUGAUCUUUCCAGUGAUCUAGCUUGUCAGCGAUAAAUAUCGAAAAUCUGCUGCCGAUCUCCUGACAAGCAACCAGAGGAGCAAUUUUGGGUCAUCAUUUCGUGAUGUGCUCCCAUCAAAAACACGCUUGUGGUGCAACAAAUGUGCAAUGCUUAUCUGGAACUUAGUAGACCUUUUCACAUUCAAUUUCACUUUCACCAAUCAGUCAUUUGCAGAGACGAUUUGCAGAGUUUUGAAACAGUCUGGCAGCGAAUGUUAUUCGUGCAUGUAUGCAUCGCUAUUGCAAUUGUAUUUAAAUACACCUUUGAUGUAG